AUGAGGACUACCCCCACAGAGGCGCUAGAAAUUGCACUCUGUGUGCCUCCACUGGACCUGGCCGUGGUAAACUCAGCAAGGAACACAGCAUACAGACUAAAGUGUCAGGGAGAAUGGAGAAAUACAGGACUGGGACACACAAGGCUCGACCUGUUCCAGAAACACCCUUUCACUUCAAAACAAGAUAGAAUUCUUAAAAAAUACCAGUUGGUAAAGCACUUCAAAACACGAAUACCAACUAGAAAAGACUGGACUGACCUGAAGGGAGUCGAGGAUCCCAAUGUGGACCUAUGGUUCACUGAUGGGUCAGGCAUUAAUGAUCGCUUCGGGGCAGGAUUCUACGGGCCGAAGGAGAACCACAGGGAAAGUAUUCCUAUGGGAAGCCACUCAACUGUUUUUACAGCUGAGAUACUGGCUAUCCUAAAAUGCACGGAAUACCUGCUAAACAAAGAUACGAAGGAAAAGAAGAUAAACAUCUGCUCGGAUAGUAGAGCAGCCAUACAAGCGUUGACAAAAACAACUACUGAAUCAGCAUUGGUUUGGGAUUGCAUGCUAGCAUUAGAAAGACUAUGCGGACCUAACAAAGUCACGUUAGUAUGGGUGCCUGGGCAUCAGGGAAUACCCGGGAAUGAAACCGCAGACAUGCUGGCCAAGAAGGGAGCUAAUGAAGCACCAAUUGGCCAGGUGACGGGAAUACCCUUUGCAGUAGGCAAAAAAAUCAUCAAAGGUCGCCUGAAAAGGGAACACCUGGCCAGAUGGGAGAAGUUAAAAACCUGCCGUCAGGCCAGGACUUUGAUGAAAGACAGCAGACCAGGUAGGGCUAAAGAACUACUGGCGCUAAGUAAACAGAAACUGAGAAUGGCGUUGGGACUGCUCACUGGUCACUCUGCCUUACUCAAAGCACACCUUUUUAGUCUCGGGCUUGCGGAGCAAAAGGCAUGUCGCCUUUGCGGAGACGAGAAAGAAGACAACGUACAUAUAAUAUGCCAAUGCCCGGCAUUUAUAUGCAAAAGAUACAAAACCUGGGGAAGUAUGUUUUUAACCCCCCAGGAUUUAGAAAAUGCUAGGGUUACAGAUCUGAUAAACCUGGUACAAGGUUCAAGACUGUAUCUCGAGACCUAG